UCUCUCCUCCCGCCGCCACCAUGUCGGGUCACGACCGGAGCCGCGUGGCGCCUCCCACCGAGGACGAAGAAGAGGACCUCGUCGACACCCUGCUGAAGCGUACGGGCUGCAUGGAGAAACACUACGCCGUGCAGGCGUGCAUGGCAGAGAAUGGCGACUGGCGGCGCUGCCAGGACCGUGUGUCAGAGUUCAGACAGUGUAUGGAGCAGUACCACAAACGGGCCAGGGAGGAGACCGACGCCAAAGGGAAGAAAACUUCGUGAGGGAGUGGUUGAUAGGAGUGUGGUGUGAUUGUCAGGAGGGCAGUAUUAGAAGGAAGAAGACUGAAAGGUUGGUGUGAAUAGCGUGGUGAAAAACAUGACAUGGGAUCAAGGUCGAAGGAUGCAUUAGACAAGACGUGCGUUGCUGAGUGCUGCCAGGUUUGUGUUCGUUUGGGGAUGCGUUUCUGCGAGUCAUGCAGCGACGGAUCUGCCGCUGGCGCCAUCCAUGGAGAUUGGAAGUCAUUGGUCUGUUUGACGAACAUAUCCGCGUACUGGUCUAACGUGACAUGCUUUCCAUCGCCUCCCAUACGUUCUUGAGACGUCUUUCCUUACCGACACCUUAAUCGCUGCUUGAAGGACCAGUGAGCAUUUUUACCGCUGAGCGUUGGCCUUUGAAUGGCCCAGCUCGGUGUUCUUCUGACUCAGUUAAAUUGACUCAACUAUCGAGGCUCAUGUGUGUGACUUCAUCUCUUUGUGAGAGUUGUGUGGUGCCGUUGUGAUAACAUGCUCCCAUUGGUUCACGAAUUGUCACCAUUUAUUGAAGUCAUGAGGUGCACCAUGAAUGGACACGUCCAUUAGACAUGCGCUCUGUGACGCGCCGAUCUAAAUGAACGAGACUGCUGGGAUCAGGUACUAGCACCUCGGACUGAUCAUGUGAUAAUAAAUAGUAAAUACCAUAUAAAACUAA